AUGCCCUACCUGCGCAACUUUGUGGCGAACAGCCAGCUGAAGGCAGUCGCCGGCCGCUACCUCCCGCAGGAGGAGUACUGGCCGCCCAGAGCAGAAGGCGAACCGGAACCGGAAGAACAGGCGGAUGAGCCGCGACAGCCGUGGGAGGAGGAGGUGGUAGAGGACAAUGAGGAGGACGAUGACGACGAUGUGGAGGUGCCAAGGGCAAGGCCGCGGUUGCGGCAGUACGGCGAUUUUCCCGAUGUGAUGCUACGGCCGGGGCCGCAACAACAGCCUCAGCUAGUGGAGGUCUUCCGGCAACGGCGCGAAGAGGUGUUCGAAGAAGUGCCCGAAGAUGUGCCCGAAGAGGAGUCCGAAGGAAGGUCUGAAGAGGAGUACGAAGGAAGGUCCGAUGAGGAGUCUGGUGGAAGGUCUGAAGAGGAGUCAGAAAGAAGUUCUGAUGAGGAAUCCGAAGAGGAGUCUGAAAGAAGGUCUGAAGAAGAGUCUGAAGGAAGGUCUGAAGAAGAGUCUGAAGGAAGGUCAGAAGAGGAGUCCGAAGAAACUAGUCCAUCACCAGCAUCGACAGUAAUGGACACCAGCAGCAACACCAGCAGCACCUCAACCGCCACCGGCAACAACAACAACAACGACGACAACACCACUAGUAGCAGCAACAGCAGCAGCAGCAGUGAGAACAGCAACGACAGCUCGGCCAUCACCGUGGACAGCAGUAAUCCGUUGAACUGGAGCUGUGCUAGCUGCACCUUCUCCAAUGAGCCGUCCGCUUACCGGUGUGCCGUUUGCAAUGGCGCCCGCACCUCGUCCGGCCGUCGAAGCACACUCUCUCGAAGCGCCAUGAUGCGUGCUGCCGAACAGGAGCAACUCAACAUCGAGACGGCGGUCAACAAGACGAAGAAGAACAAAAAGGGCAAAAAGCAGAAAGUGAACAACAAAGAAGUGAAAGGGACGGGGAAAUCACGGAAGAGCACUUUGAAUCGUUUGGAGACUUCUUCUGGCGCAAUUCGACCCUCGACCAGCACUGGUGUUGAAUCUCCGCUGCCCGGUACUGCUGCCCAGUGUGCUAAUCAUGUGCAAGCUUCAAAACGUAGCAGCAAGAAGGAAACACCAAAGUUGGUUACCAAAACUUCCGUUUCCAGGAGCACUAGCAAAAAGCGAAUAAACGACACAGAUUUUAUGAUAAUGGUGGUUACAGAAUAA